UAUAAAGAGCGAGCUCCGAGUCCGCUUUCCGUAUUCUGUGUUUGAUAGUGAGCGGCGCUAUGGCUGAGGAAAAGAAGGGUCAAGUUGCCAAGAAGGGCGCGAAGAAAACGGUGAAGAGGGCGCCAGCGAAGGGCGGUAAGAAGAGGAGGCGGUCCAGGAAAGAAAGUUACGCCAUCUACAUCUACAAAGUGAUGAAGCAGGUUCACCCCGACACCGGCAUCUCCUCCAAGGCCAUGAGCAUCAUGAACUCGUUCGUCAAAGAUAUUUUCGAGCGCAUCGCGGGGGAGGCUUCCCGCCUGGCCCAUUACAACAAGCGCAGCACCAUCAGCUCCCGGGAGAUCCAGACCGCCGUGCGGCUGCUGCUGCCCGGGGAGCUGGCCAAGCACGCCGUGUCGGAGGGAACAAAGGCGGUGACCAAGUACACCAGCUCCAAGUGAAGGACCGCAUUGCACUGAAACACACAUCCACAACCCAAAGGCUCUUUUAAGAGCCACUUACAAGUUUCCUGAAACGGUUGGGCCAUUAUGUUUCAGGGUAUGUACAAUAUGUCUGCGAGAUUUGUAUGUUGUAAAUGUUAUAUAAAGUAAUGAGUGACAGCUGACUCGGUUCGCGUCUUAUUAUCUGUACUCCUUGCGUGGGGAGAGAGCGAUCAUGUUAAACACCACUGAAUCAUUUUUCAGCUGCU